AUGGAGGUCUCACAAAGCCAGCUGAGCACUGGGGACCAGGCAGGAGGUCAAGAACACUCUCAAGAACCUCAACAUGAUUUCUCUACCAGCAACCCUCAGCCAUCGAAAGCUCAACCCUCUCAGCCCAAACAGACUUCAGCAAAACGACUUUAUGAUAAAAAACGCUCCAGGCUGCAGAGAAAAAAGCUUGAGGAAACAGACUGUCUUGAAAGGGGAAAGUCAGAAAAGUCUUCUGGAGGUUCCAAAGAUAAAAAGAACACUUCAUCACAGGCCUCGACUACAUUGGUGCCAACAAUGGUUUCCAUGGAGGUUCAAGGAAGCACACCAAAGCAAAAACGUGAGCGUAAACCUCAGAAGCCAGGGAAGUACGUUUGCACCUACUGCGGCCGUGCCUGUGCCAAGCCUAGUGUGCUACAGAAGCACAUACGUUCCCACACUGGAGAAAGACCGUACCCUUGCGCGCCGUGUGGUUUUUCCUUCAAGACUAAGAGUAAUCUUUACAAGCACCGGAAGUCUCACACGCAUAAAGUAAAAGCUGGUAUGGUCUCAAGCAGUCAGGUACCAGGGAUGAAUUGUCUUGAGGACCAAGUAACAGAAUCAGAUGAAGAGACUGGAUUGUUGUCUUCAUCUCUUACUCUUAAAAAUCAAGAGGGAAAAUCUUGCAAAGAAAUGUCUCCAGAAGGGCAGUCGCAGAGUUUAGGAUACUCUCAUGCUGUCAAAAAGAGAUUAGCAAUGAGGCUCAGCAGAGGAAAACGUUCUCCUAUGGGUUCAACUGAUGAGAGCUCAUCAUCAUUUGGACUAAGCAGCAAAGGCAGCACAGAAUCAGGAUAUUUCUCUCGUUCUGAGAGCACCGACGUCCCUCAAGAGAGUGCCACAAGUGCAAAAAGCUAUGCAGAGGUAAUUCUUGGUAAAUUUGGUCGCCUUGGCCAUUUACAGAGGACUGUCCGCCAACAGCAUGACCACCCUGCAGAACAAGAGGGAAGAAGCAUCCCUUUCUCAGUGCCUAAAAAGCAAGUCAUUGACCACAUAACCAAGCUUAUUACCAUCAAUGAAGCAGUUGUAGACACGAGCAAGAUUGACAGUGUCAAACCCAGAAGGUGUCCUUUUUCUAGGAAGAGCAGCAUUGAGUCAACUCUUUCCAAAGAACCAAUUCUUUGUGGAGCGAAAGAGAUCAAUUCAAAAAUCAGUGGGUCCAUCACUCUUGGUGUUCCAUGUGAGAAAUUUCAGCAGCACUCUGUAAGUGUCAGACAGCCAGCUGAUACUUUGUGCACAGCUCCUCUUCUGCGAAGUCACUCAUUACCCUCAGGUGCUAGUUCUGAAUCCGCUGGUCCUUUACAUAGCCUUCGUCUCAGUCAUUCGUUUGACGACCCGCAACCAGCUCCGAAUAGACGUCACGGCAUGCUAAGACGUCAACCAGCUAUCGAAUUACCGAUUGGUGCUGAAAUUACUUCUGAGGAAGAGCCCUGUUCUAGUUUGCCACUUCAUCCGUCAAUCAGCGUAGUGCCUGAAUGUGAGGACAAACAAGCCGAAUCAUUCGAGUGUGAAUUAUGUAGAACUGCUUGCAGCAACUUGGACACAUAUAAAACACACAAGCUUUACCACUGCUCAUCCCAUACCUCUCACCAGCUUGAAAUUCCAGUGUGUCAAACAGAAGGGCAAGGAACAUUUAAUAUAACUCGGCCCGGCGCUUUAUCAAUCAGGAAGAGAAGAAAGGAAGAGAGUUUGGAACUGGAAGAUCCUAACUUUCCAUCUGUUGCUUCGUCAUCUAGCUUGAAAUCACAGGAAUAUAUCAAAACAUUUGAAAAAACAAAAAUGGAUUCCAGUGGGGCAUCACAAGCUCAUGAGAAGGAGAACACCUUAAAAGCAGUAUCUGUAAUCCAGCAUACUAGUUUAAUUAACAAAAUAGAACCUACUUCACCCCACCAGACAAUGAAACCGACCGUUCGUAAACUUGUCCGCCAAGAAAAUGUUCAAGUACCAGAAAUUUUGAUCACCGAGGAACCGAAUAUCAGCUUAAAAGCAUUGUUUCAUCAAGAUGUACCAGAAUCUAAAGAGACUAAAAAAGUUGAAGACUUUCAGUGGCCCCAAAGAAGUCCAUCACUGGCACAGCUUCCUAUUGAGAAGUUGCCACCAAAAAAGAAGAGACUCCGUCUUGCAGAGGCAGCACAGUCAUCUGGAGACUCUAGUUUUGAAUCAUGUUAUGUUCCCCAGAGUCCAAGUCAAAAAAGUUACCUGUCUAGCAGAUCCAGUCAUUCCACAUUAGUCGAGGAAACUGCCAAAAGUGACAGAAGUGACGUAGACAUGAUGAUGUCUAGAAGGUCAAGAGCUCUUCAUACAUUGACAAUCCCUACAAGUACUCACCACCCUCGCAGAGAGAUGCAUCGGUCUGCGUCUGAGCAAGCACCACAUAUUUCUCAGCAGAUAAACCCCACUGUUGACACCAGGAGUAAGUCCUUUGAUUAUGGCUGUCUGUCCCCUGAUCGCACAGCUGCAGGCUGGAGGGAGAGGCGAAAAUGUCUUCUGAUAAAGCAUUCUGCAGUGAAAGAGCCGGAGGAAGAGGAUCUACCGUCGUCAAAACCAAUGCUUGAUCUGAAUCCAAGUACAAUCGUUUCUCGUACACACAGCCCUGACACUUCUCAUUCUUCUGAGCUAUCUAAAUUUUCUAAAAUAUCUUUGGCUACUGCAGCGUUCCCCACAACCUCUCAAAAAACGGAUGCUUUGACUCGUACUGAACCGCAUCCUGUCAUGGAAAGUCCACAAAGUUUGACAGGUGCUGCAAGAGCUCAUUAUUGCUCAGUGUCCACCGGACUUAAACUUGAGAUUCCCAUAGAAGAUGAUGUCGGGCAGUCAGUUUCAAGUCUUUGCUCAAUGCACCUCGCUCGUUAUCACCACCCGAAUAUCGAUAUUACUCCAAGCCCAGAGCUCUUGAGACCUCUCGAGGUGCAGAGAGUACCAGUUCGUCUUCAUUCAGACCUACCUUCGCAUGCCACCUUUGUUUAUACUACGCUGUCACAGACAUCGGCCGGAAGUUCCCAGGAUCCCAGCUGCUCUGGUGUGGAAUUAGAUUGUAAAGUGUUGAAGUUUGACCCUGAAGAUCAACAGUCAGCAGGAGAGGGAUCCAAAUCCUGUAGUUCAGGGGGAAAUAAACGAGUGCUGUCUCCAACAAGCAGCGUGGAAUUCAACACCGAAAGUCAACAGCAGAAACGAGUAAAGGAAGAGGAGAAGGAUGAGGACGGGACCAAUAGCAAAGUUGGGGGGUUGAUCGCCAGCAAAGGAGAGUUGUGUACUCAGAAUGUUAUGCCCCCCAUAGACAAAAAAGAGACCGUAUUACCCUCUCUUGGCACAAAUCUUACAAUUAGCUGGUGCUAUCUAAACUAUAUCAAACCCAAUCCUUCUGUCCUAAGUGACAAUCAAAGUUCAGUGUAUUCUACUUGGUGUGUAAGCACUAGGAACCCAAAUCCCCCAGGACUAACCAGCAAAGAAGUUCUGUCUCUAAUUAACUGCAAGCAAAGACACUCUUCUUUUACCUACACUAUGGCAUCCAUGCCAUCUUCCACAGUAAUGAAGCCGGUGGCACCUGACUCCAAGGAGCCCAAGGGGCCUGAGGUAAAUGUAAAUAUUUCUAUUAAUCUUCAGAGUCAAAAAUCACCGACAAAGAAGGAAAACAUUUUAAAGCAAGAGGGAGAAGAGGAACCACGGUCUACCUCCAAAUACGAGAUCCCACGGGUACAGAUCUGCGAAGGAGGCUACAGGUCGAGUGAGGAGUACGUGUACGUACGGGGCCGCGGGAGAGGCCGCUAUGUGUGUGAGGAGUGUGGGAUCCGUUGCAAGAAGCCCAGCAUGCUGCGGAAACACAUCAGGCUUCACACCGACGCCCGGCCCUACGUCUGCCAGCACUGCAACUUCGCCUUCAAAACCAAAGGGAAUCUCACCAAACAUAUGAAGUCAAAGGCUCAUGGGAAACGUUGUCCUGAGGGAACCCCACCAGGUCCUCUUCUGAGUGAACCAGAGACAGAAGAAGGAGGUGGGGUCAAGGCGCUUCUUUCAGUAUCAGAGGUCACCGAGGAUCACCAGUUCUCUGAUGCUGAUGAAACAGACGAUGAAGAAAACGAUGAAAAUGAGGAAGGUGACGAGGAGGCGUCUCAAUCCUCCUCCACCUCUAUGAACACAUCUCAGUUCAGUGAAGAUCCCAAGUCAUCUGCAAUUGCAGCACUAGCAAAGAUAAACAAAUCCAGACUGCCAGCACCACCCAGCCCUAAUACGGCUUCAUCCCCCAUACGCAGUCUGUCCCCUGGGUUGCGUCUGUCUCCUUGCCUGUCAAGUUCCCCGCGGCGGGAAGUAUCACCUUUACGCUGUCUCUCUCCCAGGCUUAGCCUUUCUCCGUCCCCCUGCCAGUCCUCUCUGUCCCCUUCUAACCGACCCGUCUCUCCGUUCUCAGCAAGACACCUUUCACCAGUUCGAGCCAUGUCUCCUAUACAUCCCAUGUCCCCUAGCAGUCCGCUAAGUUCCAUCGUUGGGGCGACCAUAACCGUACAACAAAGAGCCAGCAGACAUCGAGAUUUGUCCAAGACUUCACCCAGUAGACUCGUCUCCAAGGCCAAACUGGAAAAAAAAAGUUCUCAGAAGAAAGGAACUCAGACCCAAUUGCCCCCCUUGAGGCCUGGGCAGACCAGAGCAGGCCAACGAGUGCUCAGCCACCUUCCUCUACACUCUCAACCUCAAGCUUCAAGCUCAAGCCUUAUGAUCCCGAUAGGGGGGAUUCAGAUGGUCCAGACUCCAGUAAUCAGCUCGAGUCUCCACACACAACAGUCGAAACCAAACCCCACCAUGACCCAAACGGCCCAAGCUGAGCAGGGCAAGGAGAAAAGGACGCGCCAGCGUUUCACAAGUAAGACACCAAAGUGUGGGUCUGUACAGGGGGAAGAAUUUGAUAGUAAAAAACGAGACGCUCCAAGUGCACCAUUAACAACCUGGAGGAUUAUAUCUGAAAGUAAGGAAAGAAAGCGGAUGGAGAGAAGGCUCACGUACAUCCACAAGGGUGUUACCAUCAAGCAGUGCACUGAGAAGUCCACAGAUGGUGAAGCCACACCCAAGAGCACUUGGAAGGAAAGGGCUUCUCGAGUAGCAGAGAAAAAUAAAUCAGAAAGAAGACUUUAGGUGGGUCCUUGUGCUGGGAACCAAGGUGGACGUACAGACUAG